UUUUUCCUGUUGUUUUUUCACUUGUUCUGCUCCCACCACAGCUCACUGCCGGGCUGCGUCCUCCCAGAGAGCCAGAGAGGAUGGCUGCUCUGCCGGCGCACACACUGCUAUGGAUGUACGUCUCCUUCCACCUAGUGAUAACAAUAGUGAGAGGCUCAAAUGUGUGCACAUCCAGAGGAGCCAGCACAUGCAAGCAGUGCCUGGCUGUGCACCCCAGCUGUGCAUGGUGCUUCCAAGAGGAUUUCGGCUCAUCCCGCUGCGAUCUGAAGAAAAACUUGAUGAAAGCCGGUUGCGGUCAAUCAGCUGUUGAGUUUCCAACCAGUAAACUAGUAGUGACUGAGGAUCGGCCUCUUAGCAACAAGGCAGCAGGCUCAACACAAGAUGCUACGCAGAUACAGCCCCAGAGUUUGCGCAUCACCCUCAGACCAGAUGAUGCUAUGAAGUUCACGGUGAAGGUGCGUCAGGUAGAGGACUACCCUGUGGAUCUCUACUACCUCAUGGAUCUUUCCUACUCUAUGAAUGACGACCUCUUCCGCCUGAGGACACUUGGCAAUGGCCUCGCCGAGGCCAUGAGCCGCACCACCAGCAACCUGCGCAUGGGCUUUGGGGCGUUUGUGGAUAAACCGCUCUCGCCUUACAUGUACAUCUCACCUGAGGAGGCCGUGAGGAACCCCUGCUACAGCAUUAAUACCACCUGCCUGCCCCAGUUUGGCUACAAACAUGUGUUGUCUCUGACGGAGAGAGUGGGCCGCUUCACGGAGGAGGUGAAGAAGCAGAUGGUGUCCAGGAACCGAGACGCCCCAGAGGGAGGCUUUGAUGCAAUCAUCCAGGCUGCUGUGUGCAAGGAGCAAAUUGGCUGGCGUCCCGGUGCCUCCCACCUCCUGAUCUUCACCUCGGAUGCCAAGACUCACGUAGCUCUGGACGGUCGUCUGGCUGGAAUUGUGCAGCCCAACGAUGGGAAGUGCCAUCUCAACUCUGACAACAUGUACAGCAUGUCCACCACCAUGGAUUACCCAUCCCUGGCUCUGAUCACAGAGAAGAUGUCAGAGAACAACAUCAACCUCAUCUUUGCAGUCACCAACCCUGUGGUUUCUCUCUACCAGAACUACAGUGAGCUGAUUCCUGGCACCACGGUGGGAACGCUGUCCAACGACUCUGGAAAUGUUGUUCAGCUCAUAUUGAAGGCGUACGCUAAAAUUCGUUCCAAGGUGGAGCUGGAGCUUCAAGAUGUCCCGGAGGAGCUUUCCCUGUCCUUUAAUGCCACCUGCUUGAACGGCGAGAUCAUCCCAGGCCUCAAAUCCUGCUCUGGCCUCAAAAUAGGAGACACGGUCUCCUUCAGUGUUGAAGCUCGUGCUCGCGGUUGCCCCAAGGAAAAGAGGAAAACCUUCAUCAUCAAGCCCGUGGGCUUCAAGGACUCCCUCUCCAUCACCGUCACCUUUGAGUGCGACUGCAAGUGCCAGAGCAAAGCUCAGCCCAAUAGCCCCAAAUGCAGCCACGGCAACGGCACCUACGAGUGCGGCAUCUGUCUGUGCCACCCGGGCCGCUUAGGGCCGCACUGCGAGUGUGCGGAGGGAGAUUACAACCCCACGGAGCAGGACCGCUGCAGCGGGCCGGCAGGGUCUCGAGGAGCUCAGUCUGUUAUCUGCAGUGGCCGUGGGGACUGUGUGUGUGGUCAGUGUGUGUGCCACACCAGCGACUUUGGGAAGGUCUGGGGAAAGCUGUGCGAGUGUGACGACUUCAACUGCCUGCGCUACAAAGGAGAACUAUGCUCAGGCCACGGUGUGUGCAACUGCGGCUUCUGCCAGUGUGCACCAGACUGGAUGGGUGAGAACUGCAACUGCUCCAGACGCACGGACACGUGCAUGUCCAGCCUGGGCCUGCUGUGCAGCGGCAGGGGCCAGUGUGUUUGCGGGGUCUGCGAGUGCACACAGCCGGGGGCCUAUGGAGCCACGUGUGACAAGUGCCCCACCUGCCCGGAUGCUUGCACCAUGAAGAAGGAGUGUGUGGAGUGUAAGCACUUCAAGAGGGGGAGGCUUUUUGAAGACAACACAUGCAGUCGAAUCUGCAAGGAUGAGAUUGUUCUUGUGGAUGAACUAGAGCUUCAUGACUCGAAUGCUGUGAACUGCUCUUACAAAGACGAGGAUGACUGCGUGGAGCACUUCCAGUACUAUGAGGACGCCAGUGGCAAAUCCAUCCUGUUUGUUGUCAAAGAACCAGAGUGCCCCAAAGGUCCCGAUAUUUUGGUGGUGCUUUUGUCCGUGGCAGGAGCCAUCUUGUUCCUGGGCCUGGCUGCUCUGCUCAUCUGGAAGCUGCUGGUCACCAUCCACGACAGACGGGAGUUUGCCAAAUUUGAGGAAGAGCGAGCUCGCGCCAAGUGGGACACGGGGCACAAUCCUCUUUACAAAGGAGCCACGUCUACCUUCACAAACAUCACAUACAGAGGAAAAGACUGAUGCUACUGAAAAAAGAUGAAGAAUGACGGAUAGAAUAAUGGACUUUCACCAAACUUUGGGAGAAAGCAAAAAAGGAUCAUGUGCAGGCUUCUACUGUCACAGUGCAUUAAUAAAUAAUUGUGUGUAAAUAUGUAGAAAUGGUUUGAAAGAUACAUUUUAUCAGGGAUUAAACAUUCACCCUAAGUACAAUGAUUAAAAAGAAAUGCUCUUUUGUGUGAUUUACUGAGAUCGUGUCUGUUGUUCAGGCCAAAAUAAAAGUUUUGUUU